AUGUGUGCUCCUACCAGGGAGGAGGAUGUUUCCCGCACCAUUUGCAGGUUGUAUCGGCUUGUGAUCGACUUGGGCCUCUGUUUCCUAAGGCGAAUGUUGUUGAGUAGAAAGUCACCGGUUCAUCAGAUGUCGCUUUCUGCAUGUCCUGACGCCACUAUAUAUGGACUAUGUGGAAAUAUGCAGGCUACACUAUCAGGUAAUUUCGUUGAACAAAAACUCUAUCUUUUUCGUGAAAUGCUCGCUAGAGAGGCCAUGUUCAAUGAAAUCCAAAGCCUACCUCUUGACAAGAAGCCUCUUAACUGUAAAUUAAGACGCAUCUUGUUCAAUUCCAAGAUUUACAUCAGCAUGGGGAAUACAAGAGCAACCCUAGUGUCUAUACUUGCCCUAAUCAUCUUCUCUGCAUUCUUCAUGCCUUUGCAGGCUCGUGGCACUCUCCAUGCCCACAAGAAAGUUGUUGACAUCCAAAGGCUUCUCCACAAAUCAGGUAUUGACCUAGCAAAACGUGCACAUGAUGAAGAUGGUGGUGGUGAUCUUCCCCUUGCACCUGCAGAUAGACUCGCACCAGGAGGACCAGAUCCUCAGCAUAAUGGAAAACAACCACCUCGCAAGUCGUAG